ACUAUGCACUGCAGUUAGAUGUAGUAGUUGCCAAGCCCAGAUGGCAUCAUUAACAAACAAUAUUUGUUCAGGUACAGCAGCAAUAUUGACUAAAUGUACUGCUUUUUGAGACUGGCUAGUUUUUAGCAAAUGCCAAUACAAAUUUAAGGCUGCAGUACUAGUUUUAUCUGUACUAGCAGCCUGCUUGCUUACCUGUCUCUGGAUUUGGAGGUACAGUAGAGCUAGCUAACUAACGUUAACUAGGGAAGUGGAAAAACUGGCCAUCCUUUGCGUUAUAAAUUAUUAGCUACCCAAGUGCCUCAUGAUGAUAUGGCGUGGACAUGAUGUAACAACUGAUCCUAAUUAAGAAAAUAUUUAUUAUGUUAGAGCUGUGAUGGUGGUGUGUCCCGUGCCUCCAUUGUGACUCUUGUCCGCCACCUCCGUCUCCCUGCCCAGUGUGUGUGUGCCACAUUUCACCAUGACCCUACACCCUCUCCUCGUCCUGUCCCACGCCCUGGGGCUCUUGGCGCUGUGUUGUCUGUCGUCCAGUGUGAACAGCAGCAGCUUCAGCACUGUUGCCCGCCGGAUAAUGACAAACCAGAUCCGAUGCUCUCAAGCAUGCUCAUCACAAAAUACCACAUGUGAUCAAGCUGUGUUCAUAAAAAAGAAAUCCACCUGCAUUUUUUUGAAGUGUAUCAAUGGCACCAAGUGCAAUAAUAUCUCAGUCAUUGACCUGCCAAAGAAACAUGCCAGGGAGGCUGAUCAUGGGCAUAGCACCCAUCCACCUGCCCUUGAUGUCCGCAUGAAUGGCACCUCUGCCCGAAUUUUCGCAUCCUCCACAACGACUACAGCUCCUGUCACAGCAAACAGGUCAACGGUCAACCUCUCUGAAACCCAUGCAUUAGCCCUGACCACAACACCAACCAUCAUAAACAUGAAAACUCCAUCAACAGGUACCACCACCACCAGUACUACCGCCCAUGUACUGACAACUACAACACUGUCGUCUACAACUACUACUAUCAUCACAACAAUACCACCACCUACGACUACACCACCUACGACUACAAUACCACCACCUACGACUACACCACCUACGACUACAAUACCACCACCUACGACUACACCACCUACGACUACAAUACCACCACCUACGACUACACCACCUACGACUACAAUACCACCACCUACGACUACAAUACCACGCCCUACCCCUACCACUACAAUACCACCCCCUACCACUACAAUACCACCACCCACUACCAGUCCAAAAACAACCUCGACGACAGAAAUGAACGCUUCGGCCAUUUUCACGUCUAUGGAUGAGAAGAAGCUGGCCCCGACCAGUCUGAAGGCCCUGACAUCCCAAGCUUCCUCGGGAAAGGCUUUGACGUCUGCCGCUGAGGCCGGCACUAAAACUGUGAACGCGGGCACCAAUCGAGCCUUAAUAGAUGUUGCCGGGGGUCUUCUGACCCGUCAGGUAGUGGAUACCAGCUCUCUAUUGGCUGUCCUGUUGUUUGGCCUCCUGUUCUUCCUGGUUACAGUUGUCCUCUUCCUGACGCAGGCCUAUGAGAGCUACAGGAAGAAAGACUACACUCAGGUGGACUAUCUCAUCAAUGGGAUGUAUUCUGAUUCAGGGCUCUGAGUGACCGGGGACUGUUUACAUUUUGACAUGGUAUAGUUGUUCCUUUAUUUGGAGAUGUUUGUAACUUGUGUGUUAACAAAUUGACAAUAUCACACCAGCCUUUGCCGUAGUAUUGUUUAAUGUUACUGUCUUAAAGGUACUACAGCCAAAUUCAUGCAGAUUUCUUUUUCGACUAUGUAUAUAUUUUCCGAGGCCUGCUGUGGUUUUAUUAGGCCGUUAACUCUUACGAUGGGCCUAGAAGUGCACCUCUUGGUCAGGCCAUGGGCCUUAGUACAGGGUUUUGUUUUUCCUGUAUUUCUGUUUUAUGAUUCUAUGCAGAUAAUACUUCACCCUCCAAAUCCUAGGACUAAGGCCAUAGACAGUUUUAUCUUAAUAAAUGUCUUUUUUUUUUGUGCUGUUGAAAAGGGGGUGAAAAGGUUUGUUCUUUUACCUAUGUUUCCAUUUCCAGAAUGUUAUGUACUGGUGAUUAGUUGUGUAUAUAUCCAUUGCUUUGUGCAUGUUUGUAAUUUUUCAUGCUUUGCUUUCUUCAUGACUACCUUGUUUCCUGUGUUUACAAUUUUUCUCCUUGGAUUAAGAUUCAAUGCCAAAAUGAUCACUGUAGCACUGAAGCACAUUAACAUUGAAGCCAAGGGAAUUGUCUAGCCAUUAUAAACUCCAUUCCAUGACAGAGAAGAACAAAUGGUUAUAUGAUUACCAAAAUAGACUUUCCAAUGUGGCGGAACCUCUGCCAGGGGUGGAAAUGGGUCUGAAGGCCUGUUAUGUGCCAAUAUAAUUUUUACUAAUGCAGUACUGUAGUAAAGAAAAAAUAAAUUAUAUUAAAUUGA